GACGCCGAUGCCCAGAUGAAGGGCGACGACGCGUCUUCAGUUGUUGCCUUGCCUUGUACCUUUGGCGGCCGCUUCUCCGGAAGACACUACCCGACAGGUUGCCUGUUUCGGGGUGCCGCGGAGCUCAAGUUCUGCUUGACUCCAAAAGGUUUGAGCUGUGUUGACAGCCGCAAAGUAAUUCAAUGCUUGCAAGACGAUGAGUCAGGCCAGUUCACAUGUCAAAGGCCGCAUCUUGCCUAUGCCAAAGCCUUUCCGCGCUACGAGCACCUGGCAAUGACGGCAGCAGAUGGCGAAAGCGUGCGCAUUCCGGUCAUGAAUCUGCCGGACUUGCUGCAAGCAAAAAUUGAUGCUUGCCCACUGUAUAGCGCCAUGCUGCGUGAAGCCAUGGCUGCUCAGCAGGACCGUUUGACAUUGGUAUUCUACUGUGACGAAGUGUCAGGACAUGUGGAUAUUACGUCCAUGGAUCCAGGAAUUCAAAUUCAAGGGGUCAAAUACGUCCAAAAUCAAUUCGUGCAGCUGACGGAAACCCACGCGGUACAAGUCCAUGGCGCAUGGCAUUGCAGAGACAAAUUUUACCUUCAAGUCAAGGUCUUCCAAGCCGCUUUGCACACCGAUGUUGGUCGCACGGCAUGGAUUGCAGCCAAUGAAAGCAUGAAAUUGGUUGAAUGCCCAGUAUGUGGUGCAGAUGCAAUUUUCUGUUGCAGCAAGUGUCGAAUUCCGACUUGCGCCAAAUGCGCUUUCGCCAAUGCUGGUUGCCAAUGCAAUAUCUUGAUGCAUGACUGUAUCGCGCCGGGUCAUGAUGCUAGUUCCGGUAUCACGGACGAUGCUUCCACACUCGAGCAGGUUCAAUCAGUGGAGUCGUCCUAUGAUCUUGGUCACUUCCCAACUCCAGAAGAGCACUGGGCCAGUCAGAACCCAAUUGACCCAGCUGACAUCAGCAGACCUGUGCAACUGUACCAAGCUGAUUGGAGCGAAGUGACACAUGCCGAUAUAACGGCCGUGAUCAACUAUUGUCGCAGCCAGCUGGCGCCCGGAGGGAUCGAAGAGUAUUGGCAGGUUGCCAUUAAUAAUGGCUGCUUUGGCUUGGUCUGCGAGUCCAACUUUGGAGCACCAGCACUCGCUUGCUUUCUGCGCGGAUCCCCAGCUCAAGGGGACAAUGCUGGACCGCCAAAGCGGAACAAGGAUGAGCCGUGCCGAUAUACCGGCGGCUGCGUCAAGUUCCCAGCCAAUCUGUACGCGUGGACACAGUUUGUAGCUGCCGCCAUCGCAAGCCAGUGCGACUACAUAACUGGCGAUGGAAAUCUCUUUGCCCAACGUGCUUUCAAGGACAAGGAGAGACCCAAAUACCUUUUAGGCAUUGACCUCGGGCUCAGUUCAUCUGACACCGAUUGGCGCUCUCCAUUGCUUGCGAUGCUGAAACCCAGAGCCACUCGCAACUACAGGAGGCCAGCUGCACCAAGAGAGCAAGAGGAGUCUCGCUAUCGCGAGCGAUCUCAGAGUCGUCCAGACCCAAAGGGCAAAGGACGGACUGCCCUGGUCGUGGUGCCCCCCCUGCCCAACCGGCAAGCUCCCUGCCGGUUGGAGCAAGCACCAGCACGCCGAUGGCGGCGCCCUUUACCUCCGCCCGGACGGCAGGACUGGGGAUAUGGCCAGCACGGUUCCUGGUCUGGAUGUUCCAAGUACAUCCGGACCAGAGCCGAGCGGUUCACGGACUGGGCCCACGAGUUUUUAUUGGGCCCGGUCGACGAGGGCGUCAUCCGUGGUAGUAUUGCCGCUCGUGCCCGUAGGGUCCGUAGAGCGCCCGUAAGGGCCCGGGCCCGUAGAGCCCGUGGAGCCCGUGGGUGUUGGGAAGGGCUCUUCUCCACUUCUAGAUCGCAGAU